UCGCUGCGUAUCGGUUCGAUAAAUAGGAUAGUUUUACGAAAUCUGGUCGCACUUUCAAGCAAUGUGACUUUUUAAUUGUUUAUCAUAGUAAUGCGAAAAUGGAACCUAUUUUUCUUCUGGAUACAAGAGGGAGUGCAAAUCCGCUUGAAGAUCAAGAGAAUCCAGUUGUGUAUAAACGAGAUUUUUUUAUUUUAAAUCAAAAUAGGUUUGAAGCUUGCGACGAUUUGGAAAAUUGUAAAAUAGAAUUUUUUGGCCUCAAACUAGACAGUAAAGAUAUUGACAAUGCUGUGAAAGAUAUGCAUAUAUGUAAAAAGAAAAUUACUUCCCAAGUGGAGAAGAACUUACAUUGUCAAGUCGAAAAGGCAUCUAAUUCUUUCGAAAAGUCCUGCCGGAAGCAGGUCUCAGAUUUUACUAAUAGCAGCGGCGUCGAUGAAAAUAUGAGGCAGAAAAACAUGGAAAACAAUAUGAAUAGUACAAAACGUGCUAUACAACCGGGAUUCGAUCAAUGCAAAUUAUUGCCAACUAUGAGUAGAAGGAAGCAACCUAUUUUUAAUAGAGUAAAACGUACAAAGAGCAUGGGAAGUAGUUGGUUUGAUCUGCCAGCUACUGAAGUUACUGAAGAAAUGAAUAACGAGUUGAAAAUUGUUCAAAUGAGAGCGGUUCUGAAUCCAAAACAAUUUUAUAAAAAAAACGAUUUAAAGAUUUUGCCAAAGUAUUUCCAAAUUGGAACCGUCCAACAUUCAGUUAUAGACCAUCAUAAGGAAAAGAAAACAAGAAUAUCGCACAAGACUCUGGUUGAUGAACUUUUGGAGAAUGAGACCUUUCAGAACUUUAACAAGCGUAAAUACAAAGAGGUGAAUGAACGUAAUAAUAAAUAUACCAAGCUCAAAACUUUAAAAAAAAACUUAAAAAAAUCAAAAAAUAAAUGUCAAACUUAAAAAAAA